AUGCUGGACGUCAAUACCCUAUCCCAACUACCAACCAUCUACACUGUCAUCGUAGUGGUCCUCGCUGUCCUCCGCACCAUAACCACUGGUGUACCAUCCUCCCUCACAUCUCUCUUUCUAACCCUAUUCACCCAGCUACUACAAUGCGGAGCCGCCUUGGCAGCUCUCGUGGUCGUCGCUGGUGCUUCCUUCAUGGCUACUAUGUGGACUACUAGUAGACUCACAGACAAGGACCAUUCCCCUGUCGAUUGGGAUCAAUGGCUUUCCUUCAAAGACCCCUCCCUUCGCGGCAAAUACGGCACCAGUAGAGUCCCCAUGCAGGCCUUCUACGAGGACUUCAUCUCAGGCCGAGUCGAUCUCAAAGUUGACGUUCGUUCCCUUUUCGAACAGCACAAGAACAAGCUUUUCCGAAUGUGUUUUACCCCCUUCCACAUAAGGUUCCUUCUGGGCCGCUUCUUGCCUCAAGGCAUGAGCCACGCCCAAGAGAUGGACAUAGAAGAAGUUGCCGGCACUUACGACAGAGGCAACGAUUUUUACCGGGCCUUUCUCGGCCCUAUGAUGGUUUACACUAGUGGUAUCUUUUCAUCUUACAAAGAUUCACUCGAAGAUGCCCAACGCAACAAGCUCGAUAUCGUUUGCCGCAAAGUCCAGCUCCAACAGGGUGAACGACUCCUCGAUAUAGGGUGUGGUUGGGGAACUCUGGCUAUACAUGCCGCCAAGUAUUACGGAUGCCACAGCACUGCCGUGACCAUUGCUAAGGAGCAAAUAGUCUGGGCUAAGGGCAAGCAGAAGGAAGCUGGAGUGCCUUCCGAUAAGGUUGAUUUCUUAUAUUGUGAUUAUCGUGAUAUCCCCAAGAACAAGCGCUGGGAUAAAAUAACUUGCCUUGAAAUGGCCGAGCACGUUGGUGUGAAGAAUUUCCCCAAGUUCAUGAACCAAGUCUACAACAUGUUAGAGGACGAUGGUAUUUUCUACCUGCAAAUUGCAGGCCUCAGAAGAGCUUGGCAGUACGAAGAUCUCAUAUGGGGAAUGUUUAUGGGAACAUACAUUUUCCCAGCAGCGGACGCCUCCCUGCCGUUAGCAUGGGUGGUAGCCCAACUAGAAUCGGCCGGGUUUGAGGUGCAGAGCCACGAGAAUGCUGGCAUACAUUAUUCCGAGACGAUUUCACGUUGGCUGGAUAACUGUAUCAAGAACAAGGACUCGAUGACCUCCUCGUUUGGUGAUCGAUGGUAUCGUAUAUGGAUCAUCUUCCUUGCCUGGAGCAUGAUGAUAGCAAGAGGAGGCGGCAGCACUUUACACAUGAUUGUCGCCUACAAGAACAAGGACGCCUAUGAUCGUACCAAGUUUGUCGGAACUCGCUCUGUCCCACCAGUGACUUCGGCAGCUGGUGUUUCUGCCAACAAGACACUAUUCCCAUCGGACAAGUGGGUUGGAGCCUGA